CAAGCCAUUAAAAAAAAAAAAGCCAAGAUUAAAACUAAAUAAGCAUAGCCUGUGGUAGGUUUUUUAACAGAUCUGGUUAAGUGCAUUGAGUAAACUCAACCACAAAACUGCAAACUACACGGGUUGGGUUAAUGUGCAAUCAGCUUAUUUUGUGUUUGCAUAAACCCUACUCGUUGUCAGCUUUUUGAGGUAGGCCGGGCCAGGAAACAAACAUGAUGAAAACUUCUGGAACUUCACUUUUAUAGGGUAUUUUUUUUUUAAAAAAAGAAUCUUGAAAAUUUAACAGCUUGUCUAGGUGGCUCAGUGGCUAAGACACAGAGCUUGCCGAUCAGAAAAGUCGGCAGUUCGGCAGUUCGAAUCCCUAGUACAGGUCUCCUGCAUGAGCAGGGGGUUGGGCUAGAUGACCUCCAAGGUCCCUUCCAACUCUGUUACUGUUAGAUCUUCUCUGUGGCUGCCUGUUGAGAGUCAAGGUGGAUCCAUUUUAAGUUUCUUCCUCACCCAUCGCCCCCUUCCUUGCUUUCCAGACGGAGGUGAUGUUUCUUGUAUCGGCUGCUGCAUUCUUUCUUCAAGAUUAUCUCUGUUGUCCUCCUACAAUCAGAAAGUUCUCCCAUUUUUUUCUCUUCACAACAACACUGUGAGGUCCGAGGAGAUGGCCAAGGCCAGCGCCACCAGAUGGCUUUGGAAAGUGCUCUGGACUGCUGCCUUCACCCUCUGCGUCCAUCUGCAGACUUCAAGAAUCACCCAGCCAAACGAAGAUAAAGAAAGCGGCUGGGAUGCCUGGGGAGCAUGGAGUGAUUGCUCACGGACCUGUGGAGGAGGUGCUUCCUAUUCACUCCGGAGGUGUUUAAAUGGCAGAAACUGUCAAGGCAGAAAUAUCCGAUAUAAAACCUGCAGCAAUAAUGACUGCCCUGCAGACUCUGGUGACUUCCGUGCCCAGCAAUGCUCGGCCUACAAUGAUGUCAAGUACCAUGGACACUUUUAUGAAUGGAUCCCCAUCUUCGAUGACUCCAGCUCUCCCUGUGCUUUGAAAUGUCAAGCUUUGGGGAGACCGUUGAUCGUCGAACUUGCUCCCAAAGUUCUGGAUGGCACCCGCUGCAAUGCCAAGUCCUUGGAUAUGUGCAUCAGUGGAAUAUGUCAGGCCGUAGGUUGCGAUCGACAGCUUGGGAGUCACGCCAAAGAAGACAACUGCAGCGUUUGCUCAGGGGAUGGUUCUACCUGCCGACUGGUGAGAGGCCAAACCAAGACACACCUUUCCUCAGAAAAAAGGGAGGAAACCAUAAUUGCUGUUCCACAUGGAAGUCGCAGUGCAAGAAUUACUAUGAAAGGACCAGCACAACUUGUGAUUGAAUCAAAGACACUACAGGGAGAUACUGGAGAACACAGUUUCAAUGCCCCUGGAAUGUAUAUCAUUGAGAACACGACAGUUGAAUUUCAGAAGGGCCCAGAGAGAGAAACGAUAAAAAUCCCAGGGCCUCUUGGAGCCGAUUUCAUUGUCAAGGCCAGAUAUACUGCUGCCAAAGAGAGCAUGGUUCAGUUCUUCUUCUAUCAACCCAUAAGUCACCAGUGGCGACAGACAGAAUUCUUCCCUUGUACGGUGACAUGCGGAGGAGGUUAUCAGCUGAACUCCGCAGAAUGCGUAGAUAUCCGUUCCAAGCGGGUGGUACCAGAUCAGUAUUGCCAUUAUUAUCCUGAAAACAAGAAACCCAAACCAAAGCUGAAAGAAUGCAACAUGGAUCCCUGCCCUUCAAGUGAUGGAUUUAAGGAAAUCAUGCCCUAUGAUCAUUUCCAGCCACUUCCCCGCUGGGAGCACAAUCCUUGGACCACUUGCUCAGUUUCGUGUGGAGGAGGAAUUCAGAGGAGAAGUUUUGUCUGCGUGGAAGAGACCAUGCAUGGAGAGAUAUUGCAAGUAGAUGAGUGGAAAUGUAUGUAUGCUCCUAAGCCCAGAGUCCUGCAAGCGUGCAACCUGUAUGAUUGCCCUAAAUGGAUAGCUCUGGAAUGGUCACAGUGCACUGUGACCUGCGGCCGAGGGUUACGCUACCGAGUGGUUCUGUGUAUUGAUCAUCGUGGACAACAUACCGGGGGUUGCAAUCCUCAACUAAAACUCCACAUAAAGGAAGAGUGUCUCGUGCCAGUCCCUUGUUAUAAACCCAAAGAGAAAAGCCCUGUUGAAGCCAGAGUGCCUUGGUUCAAGCAAGCCCAUGAAAUGGAAGAGACCAGGACCGUGUCUGAAGAACCCACGUUUAUCCCCGAGCCUUGGUCCCCUUGCAGUGCCUCUUGCGGUCACGGUACUCAGAUGCGUGAUGUCAAGUGCCGCAUUUAUCUUACGUUUACUCAGGCUGAGGUGGAGCUGCCUGAUGAGGAGUGUGAAGAACCCAAACCAUUGACCGAGCGGAGUUGCCACCUGGAACCCUGCGAUGCAGAUCCGGUCCCGUACACCUUACCUUUCCCACCCUCCGAAGAGGCUGGUAAUGUUUUUUAUGACUGGGAAUACAUCGGCUUCACUCCCUGCUCAGCUACCUGCCUUGGAGGGACUCAAGAAGCCAUUGCUGUCUGCUUGCAUGAAGAGACAAAGCAAACCGUCAAUGAUAGCCUGUGUGACAGUUCGAAGAGACCUCCGCCAAUGAGCCAUGUGUGCAACACAAGGCUUUGUCCCCCAAGAUGGCAAGUAGGACCUUGGAGACAAUGUACUGCCACUUGCGGUGUUGGCAUCCAGACAAGAGAAGUGUAUUGUCAGCAACCUGGAGGGUCUGUUGAGGGACUCGAGAGCUGCAAAGAACCGAAGCCUCAUUCUUUACAAGCAUGCAACCAGCUUGACUGCCCCCCACUUUGGCAUGUUGAAGAAUGGCAAGAGUGCUCCCAGACUUGUGGGGGUGGCACCCAGAAUCGCAAGGUGACCUGCCAGCAGCUGUUGAUGGACGGAAGCUUUCUGAAACUCGGUCAUGAGAAGUGCCCUGAACCGAGAUUGCCCAGUUCCAGAGCCUGUGCAAAAAUAGACUGCCCACCUCAGCUGGUGGUGGGACCGUGGUCUAGGUGCUCUGUAAGCUGCGGGGUUGGCACACAAAGAAGGAAAGCCACCUGCCAAAAGCAGACGGCCAGAGGCCAACAUCUGGCAUUAAAUGGAUCUCUGUGCAGCGGCUUUCCAGCAUCCCAGCUUGUCAGGCCUUGCCACAGGAAUGCCUGCCGAGAUCUAAAAGAAGAAAAGAAAUCCAGACUUUUUGACAAGCCACAGAUACUCGGUAUCCAUAAAGUCUAUAUUCAGACAAGGCAAGAGAAACGCAUUAAUUUCACUGUUGGGAGCCGAGCUUAUUUACUUCCCAAAACAUCUGUCAUCAUCAGGUGCCCCGUUCGGAGAUUCCAGAAGACGCUUAUCCAGUGGGAAAAAGAUGGGCAGCCACUCCAGAUUUCUAAACGUUUUGGCGUCACCAAAUCAGGGUCUCUCAAGAUCAGUAACCUUGAGGCUUCGGAUAUUGGCGUGUAUAAGUGUGUGGCAGGAUCUGCCCAGGAGAUCUUUGUUCUUAAGCUCAUUGGCACAAGCAACAGGCUACUGGAACCUGCCACCAGCAGAAAAGAGGCAGGGGAGACCACAGACCACAACGAAUCCAACAGCUUUGGAGCGAAAUGGCACCAGAUCAGUCAGAUGUGGCAGUUGUGGUGGAGCCAGAAAAGUCAACAAUAUCUGCGCGACGAACAAGUGAACGACCAGCCUGCCUCAGAACAGCUGAAAACUUCAGAAGAAGGACACAACGCUCACGAAUUCCCCACUCGGCGACUCAACACCGUGGCUUUACCGAACGCUUACAGUAUGGAUACGGACCAUUUUGAUGGGCUGAUAAAGAAUUUGAGCCACCUUAUUGAAGCUGGGGAAAUCAGCAAUGAUUUGGCUUCUCGGUUUGUCUAUCAACUGAUUGCCGAGUUAGCGAAACCGUCUCAGUCCGCUCGGGAAAAGCAGAAAGAAUCUGAAAACGAGAAGUUCCCUGCCAGGAAAUUUGACAAAUCCCAAAGAGUGACGGAUAAUCUCAGCACAAAAACUGUAGGCACCCCAGUAGCGAGAAACUCAAAAGGAACCAUUAUUGUCAAGCCGCAGGAAAGGCCAGAAGUUUAUUCGAAUGAAAAUGUAACCUUGCAAACUGAGGGUACUUUUCUUUUAACCAAGAAUGUCAGCACAAUAAAUUUGUUCUGUACAACUGCCGGAGUGAGCAAUUUUAAAUAUACUUGGACCAAAGAUGGAAUGCCAUUGAAGCCUGUUGAGAAGGUGACUUUCCAAGCCGACGGCAAAGUCCAGAUUUUGAACCCUACUGAGAAAGAAAUGGGGGUGUAUCGUUGCACAGCGGACAAUGAACUUUUUCAAGACAUGGCACUGUUUUAUGCAGAAGCUCCAGCUAUACUGUCAUCUGAAAAAAAUAUUGCCAGUUUUCACCUUCGGAAUCUGUCGGUCUCUGUUGGAGGUACAAUCCUAGCCAGAACGGGGACAAAUAUUCUGCUGGAAUGUCCAGUCAAAGGUAUUCCCCAGCCUGAGGUCCUGUGGUUCAAAAACGAGAGCUCGUCAAAAAAUUCUGCUUUCCCCAUAGCUAACAGUUCCUUCUUGUUCCUGGGCAAUGUUUCGGGCAAAGAUAUUGGCAUUUAUACUUGUACGGCGACCAACGCUGUGGGACAUGUUACAGCAGCCACCCUUCUUCAAUUGGUUGGACGAAGAAAACUACACAAUGGAUCAUCUACUAACAGUAAAAGAAAACGUGUUUUCAUGGCAUCUGGAAUUGGUACCAACGUUACAGUGGCUUCUGGUGAUAUAUUACGAAUAGGUUGUCCCAUCUACUCUAGUGCAAAUAACACAAUUCGCUGGUUUGCCAAAAACCAACCUAUAGAAGAAGUUUCAGGCUUCGGGCACAAGACCCUGGUUGGGGGACGCAUCCUUGAAUUCACCGUGGCCUCUGACCAGUUUGCUGGACAAUACAAGUGCUGGGCAUCAUCACACGUCAAGCCAUUGUCUGUUUGGGUAAAUGUCAAGAAGGAAGAAUAUCGAUGGAAGCUUGGUGAACAGAGUCCAUGUUCAACAACAGCUUGUGGAAAUUUGGGAACUCGCUUUCGGAAAUUUAUAUGUGUGAAUAUGAAGGAUCAAAAUGUGAAUGUGUCACUAUGCAAGGACCAUCAAAAGCCAGUCGUAAACAACCCGCAGUCCUGCAAAAUUCAGGAUUGUCCUGCAAGGUGGGCAACCACAGCUUGGUCUGAAUGCUCUGCUUCCUGUGGCCAUGGAUUUCACCGCCGGCGAAUAACCUGCAGACGAGUCAAAGCCAAUCGGCGCCUCUUAACUUUGCCUCCGGGCGCUUGCGCAGACCAAGAGCGUCCUUUGGAAAUGAAACCUUGCGUGGGCCAUUUUUGUGCAGAAUGGAUGGUUCAUCCCUGGGGCCAAUGCACCGGACGUUGCAUCAAUCUUGGAGUGGGUUUACAACACCGUCGCAUUCAGUGUCAGCAUCAGAAUGGAUCAGCGGUCCUGAAUUCACUCUGUGAUAAUGAGAAAAGGCCGUCCAUUAGAAGAAACUGUUCUUCAGAAAGUUGCGAUGUGCAUUGGCGAACGGGUCCCUGGCGUCCAUGCCCCGUGGACUGUGGAAGUGGCUUCCAGUCACGGCCAGUCAGCUGCGUACACAGGAAAAAGAAAAGAUUGGUGGCAGAUCAGUUCUGUGCAUGGAAGAAGAGACCCACGACCUGGAAGCACUGCAAUGUCACUUCGUGUGACAAAGGCGACUGCAAGGACACCACACACUACUGCACAUCGGUAAAGCACCUAAAGCUAUGCUCAGUAGGCAUCUACAAGCAAAGGUGUUGUCAGUCAUGUGGAGGAGGUUAGCCUUUUGUGGGAAGCGAUCAUGGAUGCCCCCAUCAAGAGGAGAAGUUUUCCAUUUGGCUUGGUCUGUCCUGUAGGACAGGGAAGAUGAUCAACAGGGAAGACAUGAGCUUGCUGAAUUGAUAGCAUGAAUUCAUAAAUUGGACAAAAACGCCCCCCUCCCGAUUCCUCCUGUGCUCCCUUAUUCCUUUUCCAACAAUGUAAACUUCAACGGUUGGUGGUUGUUGUUGUUUUAAGAAAUAAAACUAAGGAGAAAUUUCCUGACGGUUAGAACAAUUCAUCAGUGGGACAACUUGCCUCCAGAGGUUGCGAAUGCUCCAACACUGGAAGUUUUUAAGAAGAGGUUGGAUAACCAUUGGUCUGAAGUGUCGUAGGGUUUCCUGCCCGAGCAGGGGGUUGGACUAGAAGACCUCCAAGGUCCCUUCCAACUCUGUUAUUCUAUGUGCUUCUAAAUCGUUAUGAUCCACUGAGUAUACUACUUGAAAGCAUCUGUCCUAAUCUGGUGUCCUUCAGAUGUGAUGAAAUUGCAACACUGAUUUUGCAGCCCUCAUGAACAAGAAAGUCACCUGCAGCACCUGCAGCCUUGCAGCGCUGUCUUCCAUGAGACAAUGGUAAUUCGUUGGGUUUAAGUAGUGCUACUGACGGUACAAAUACAAUUGAAGACUCACGCAUUUAAAAUAUACUGGAAUCAGCCAUUGGACUGCUUUGCUUGUCACCUUCUCGAUUUAAUCCACUUUAAGACAAUUUUCACAAAGUAUAGAAAGAAUGGUGUUAUUUCCUCGCCACACUAUUGUUUCUACUUCAUUUUUUGGCAAAACCACAUUGCCCGAGACUUCAUUUCAUUAGCUUCAUAUGAAUCACAAAUUCAUUCCUUUAACUAUUUUCAGUACAAAAAAAAAAAAGCAGCAAUAUACGCGAUGUUAUAAUUUGCAAACUUGUCGUGGAAUUGUUUUUGAUUGAUGCAGUGUAAUUUUAGAAAGCAGAUAGUAUCUUUCAAUCUCUCUGGAAUCUGAUCAAGGCAGGGAGCUCUAUUAGCCUGGUAUGAAAUUGGCUUUGAGGUUUUCUACACUGGAGCUCAGAAUUUAAAUGUUUCCAUUUGAAAUCGAAGAUUGAGAAUUGGGAUUUUUCCCCCCUUGCUUUGUCAGAAGAGAACUCGGAGCAGGUCCUCAGCCAAAAAGGCAUAUCAGUCUAUGCUGCUUCUGAAGAAACCCUGGAAUAUUUUAGUGUCAUUUGAAAAUGGGUGGAAAAAUCCAGAUCUAUUAUACUUUGAGCCAAAGGUAUUGUUCAGGGUCUGUUCAACCGAUUUUCCUCCAUUUUGCUCAUCAUGCAUUUGGAAAUAUGCCAUGCGAGUCAAUUCCAAAAAUUACUUCAAAUACCAUUUUUCUUCCAUACAGAUUUGUGCAAAAAAUAAUAAACACCUCAGUUUUAACGAUCAGAUAAUAUGCAUUAUUAGAAAUAUAAACGAAUGUGGCCGCAUACAAUUCUGCCCGACUGUUGAAAAAAGUAGAGAAAGGAACAACUGAAAUGGUUUGAAAUGUUUCCUGUGAGACUCCUGAAGUUCCUUAGAAUAACAGGGGAAAAAAGAACAGAAUUGUGGUUGUUGAAAAUUGAACAAAGUGGAUUGAAUGAACGUUCAGCUGUCAGAAGAGAAACCAAUGAAGUUGAUUGACAAAGGGCUCAGCACAGACCAAAAUAUAUACGAUGCGUGCUUGUUGCAUAAUUGUGUGCCACAAAAUGAAGUGAAAGCCAUUAACCUGAGCAAUUCAGAAUGUCUUGGAUAGAUAGGGAAGCUAUCUUCCUGAUCGGGAAGCAAUAUAAAAAAAAUGGAUGAAAAACCAUAAUUAGAUAGAAAGCUUCCUUCUAGCAAGUCAAGUCGUUGGUCUGGCUCACUGAUGGCAGCAGUUCAGUUUUUUUUUUUUUUUAAACUGGAGUUUUCCUAGCCUUAUCUGAAGAUGCUGGGGUCGAACCUGGAAUCUUCUACUUAUAAAGCAUGUGGUCCUUCAGUAAACCUAUGGCUCUUAAGGUUAUUGGAGUCCAUGGUCUAUCAACGGCUAUUAGCUCUCAAAGCAGCGUGGAAAAAUUUCAUUUUCAGACGAUGUGCCUUCAAAGGUCAGAUAUCACAGGCGAGAAAAAACAGGUGUGCUUUAUUUUCACGCCCUGCUUGUAGGUAUUCCAGGGUUAUUUGACUACUGUUUAGAAACUAUGCAGGAUUACCUGAAACUUUGGCCUUAUCCAUUGAGUCAAGGAUAUUCUAUUCUCGUUCUUAUCUUUUGGGGUUUUUUUUCCCCAUUUGUUAACUUCUAAGUUCUUGCAUAAACUUCAAAAAAUGUGUUUUCUUGAACUGGACCCUCUGACAAAGGGCAGAAAAGUAACACCUGAGUUUUUGGUUUCUGUCCCAAAUGUAUUUCAAAAGAGAAGGCUUAGCCUUGCUAGCGGUUGAACGACUGCUACUGUAGAAAAGGUGUUUGAUUGAGGAAACUGUGUUUUUGGCUGACAACCAAAAAUGGUCAAAUUGAAGUCAAGCAACCUGGGCGACUGCAGUAAAAAUCAAGGAAUAUUUUUCUUUUCACAGCCAAGCGAAUUCCAUGUUUGAAUGUUCCCUUUGGAGGUAGAAAGAACUCCAUAGAAUUUUUUUAAAAAGAUGUCUGGGAAAACUCUGGCUGAGUCAUACUUCUCAGUAUUCUGGGAUGAGGAAUACUUACUGAGAAAUAAAGGCCUAUUUGCAAAAUUAAAUGAGGAAGUAGGAAAAACUUUAGCAUUGGAUUUUGCAUGAAUAGAAGUGCUUCUUUCCAGAUUCAGAAUCUUUAGUUCUUUCUCAUCGGAUUCAGUGGACUUUAAACUUUUGCUGUAUCAGGGCCCUAAAUUUUAAAGCAAUCCUUGGCUUUUUGAUUACACCCUUUCUUAAAUUAAGAUAACCUGUAAAUAUACUUUUGUAUAUAUUUAUUAUCUGGUUUAAAAGUGCAAUAUUUUUGUAUAGUGUGUAAUAAAG